UCUCUCUCUCCUAGGAAGCGCUCGGUGACCCACGCCCAGCUGAUGCAUGAUAAGGGCCGGACGCUGCAGGAUUUCAAGCGUCGCAUGUGGCUCCAAGAGCUGCUGCACGAGGUCCAUACGGCUGAGAUCAGGGAGCUGCCRGCRCGCCCGGUGGUCAGCAGCGGAGCCGGGGUGGGGCUGGGACUACCGGGGGCCGGGGUAGGGGUCAGCCCGGGAUUGGGCACAACGGGGGGUACCCUGCACCUCCACCCCAAACCUCCAGGGGGCACCAAGAACCUUCCCAUCAACUUCCACAUGGAGGAGGAGGGAACCAACCUGCCGCAGGAGACCAACAAGUCGCAAACAUACAAAGACAAAGACGGGGCGCGGAAGCCCAAGGAGGGGAAGAAAAAGAAAGGGAGGAAUGGGAAGAGGAGGGAGGGGGAGAGGAGGGAGGGGGAGAGGAGGGACGGGGGGGAGAAGAGGAAGAGGCGGGCGCGCUCACUGGGCUGGGCGCAGGAAGGGGAAGAGCCUGGGAAUGGGUACCACCUGGAGUGGAGAGGGCCCUUCUUCGGCCUGACGGGGGCGCUGCACUAGAACACUGUCACACUCUGACUAAGAAAKCCCUAAGGACAUUCAGAUGGACACCCAGACUCUCCUGUCGCAGGGGCUCUGUGAUAGUGAUUGUUUGGAAAGUAAAAAAUAAGGACAUAUUUAUUUUCUGUAAAUACGUACCAGACUAUAGGGAUAAUGACGAAGACAAUAAAAAAUUACAGAUGCUCGCUCCGUGGAGCAACAUAAUUUAAUAAUUGUGAAAUCCUUCCUGUUCUGUUCUGUUUUGUUAGGACUAUGCCAAUUAUUAUUAAUGUCAGAUUUUGCUGUAAUUUAUUUUGUUUGAACYGUGUAUUUAUUUUGUAAAUGUAUCGAGGUGCUGCUGACCAUCUAUAUUUUUGUACCAUAAUGCACUUUUAGAUAUAUAAAUAUAUAUAUAUAUACAAGUCAUUUUGUUAAUUGACUUUUUGUGGUUGAUUGAAAUGAAGAAAGCAUUGUUGGUCCUCCGUGUUAACUAGGCUCCUUCUCUGCAUGGUUCUAUAAUGAUCACAUGACUCGUCUCUCCGCUCUGACUGGCCCACAGACGUCUAAUCUAGUCGCUGUUGACCAGGGGCGUGUUCAAUAGGCACAACUAUGGAAAAUGUUCAAAAUGUUUUACAAAAAAAAACGGAAAACAAAAAAAUGAGCAUUUCUUAUUGGACGUAAGUCCAGCAGCCGUCCCCGUUCAGAUGAGUCUCUACAGUUCGAUACCUAGUGAGACACGACCCAGGACGACACCAGCUGUCCUCAACCCCUGACCCCUAACCUCUGUAUAUGUGCUUCAACCCCCCCCCCGUCUUCAUCAGUUGGUCCACUGGGAACCAUCUUGUCUUUCUCCUGUUAUGCUUCUGAAUGCUGUCCUAAGUCAAAGUUCACUCGGGCCUGUACAUAACCUGAACAAUGCAACAACUUCCUAUCGUUGUUUGGCACUUGCACUGAGAGACCCUGUAUUGAAUGGAUUAAACAUUUGACAAUA